AUGUCGGACAACGAGGGAGCUAACCAGGCUAACGCAGUUGCCGGAGGAAUGGCGGCGGCUAUGCUGGGGAUGCUUUCGGUAUUUGACAGUCAAGCGCAGACUUGGGAGGAGUACUGUGAGGUUUUGGGAUACUUCUUCGAGGCUAAUAACAUCACUGAUGCAGGAAGAAAGUGUGCAAUAUUGCUGAGCUCCGUUGGAAGCAAGACAUACAGUUUGAUGAGAAACUUGUUGAGCCCGGACAAACCUGGUGAUAAGUCAUUCACGGAGUUGACUAAUCUGCUUCAGUCACAGUUCAAUCCAAAGCCCAGUGAAAUAGUUCAGAGAUUUAAAUUUAAUUCCAGGACUAGAACGGCAAACGAAACUGUGACGGAGUAUGUGGCUUUGCUGAGGGAGCUGGCUCAACAUUGCAACUACGGGGACAAGCUGAAGGAGAUUCUGCGGGAUAGGCUCGUGUGUGGCAUUUCGGAGGACCGCAUACAGAGGAGGCUGUUGGCGGAGCCCGACUUGACAUUUGAAAAAGCCUUGAAAAUCGUGCAGGCCAUCGAAACGGCAAACAGGGAUGUGCGUGACUUGCAGCCGACGCUGGACAGUGCGGCGGAGAAAAAUGCAACACCAAUGACAGUGCAUAAAGUGGGAACGGAGAAUAAACGACAAAGUCCGCGCCUCCGGGGGCCCAGCAGACUAAGGGGGGUGGAAAGAGUUUUGUGA